CCCGUGCUCGCCAUAAAUUCGCUGGUGAGGUGUUCUUGACUGUACAUUGUUCUUCCACCCUCUGCGUAGGAUAUGUCGAUGGCUACAGGCUCUGAAGCAUCCCCGUCGCUUGCCGCGGAACCCAAGCCAAAUGGUUCCGCUGACGGCACUCGAAGACGGCGCACGUCCAGUCUGCGCGGAGAACCACCUGGCGAUACCAGUGUGCCUGCACUUGCAACCAUGUACGAUCAUGAACCUCUUCCAGCGCAGGUUUCCUCGCCUGUACAAAAGUCCAACCCAGAACGUGCGCACCGCGGCCGCAAAAGGAGAAAAGUCAAGUCUCUGUAUCGACGAUGGAAGUCCAUUUCCCUACGGCACACGUGGCUCAAUCCACUCAUAAUCUGCCUUGUCGUCGUCGCCCUGUACUUGGUCAACCCCUCCGAAGACAAUCCUCUUCACUCCGCGCUCUUCCUCUCCUAUCCUCUCCCACGAAAGCAGGGUGAGCCUGCUGAUGCGCCCCUCCAAUACGGCAAAGGCGCCCGUGACUUUGCCUUUGUCGGCUUCUACACCAUUGUCCUGACAUUCACGCGCGAGUUUACCAUGCAGCGCAUCCUUCGGCCGCUUGCCAUCCGAGCUGGCAUGAAGACGAGAGGGAAGCAAGCUCGCUUUAUGGAGCAGGCGUACACGGCCAUAUACUUCGGCUUCCUAGGGCCCUUGGGCUUGUACGUCAUGAAAAAGACACCCGUCUGGUACUUCAAUACAGACGGCAUGUACGAAGGGUUUCCACACCGGUCUCACCUUGCCGAGGUCAAGACGUACUACCUGUUCCAGGCGGCGUACUGGGCUCAGCAGAUGAUCGUACUCAUGCUUGCGCAAGAGAAGCCACGAAAAGACUUCAAAGAGCUAGUUGCCCAUCAUAUUAUUACCAUCUCGCUGAUAUAUCUCUCCUACGCUUUCCACUUCACAUAUAUGGGCCUGGCUGUGUACACAACUCAUGACAUCUCCGACUUUUUCCUUGCCACCUCAAAGAUCCUCAACUACAUGGAGUCCCCAAUCGUCAUACCUUACUUUAUCAUCUUCCUUUGCUCCUGGGCGUACUUGCGCCACUUCAUCAACCUCAGGAUCCUCUUUUCCCUUCUUCCCCUCCCGAUGCCUUUCCCAGAUCCGAUCAAUGAACAGAUUCUCUCUGUUCUCUCCACGUUCACGUCCUAUGGCUCAUCUGUCGUUGCCGCACUUGCACCAGUAACAGCUCCGAUCGUCAAUUUUGCCUCAACGAUUUUCCCAGAAACGGUUUCGCUACUGCAAUCCAUCCCAGACAGGACAACAACCUACUUCAACACGCCAUCCGACUUCGCGACCGUGGGGCCCUACGAACUUAAUUGGGAGACGCAGCAAUACAAGUGCUGGAUCUCGCAGUACAUCACAUUCGGGCUUCUCCUCGCCUUGCAGCUUGUGAACAUGUUCUGGUUUUACCUCAUCUUACGCAUCCUCUGGCGCCUUGUUGCCAGUGGCUUCAAGGAGACUGAUGACGUGCGUUCUGAGGAUUCAGAGGUCGACGCUGCGGAGCGCGAAGUCACCUUAGACGAGUUGCGCAAGGAGCAGAGCGAUGCAUGGGCCGGAGAGACUGGUGCGGACAUUCGUGCUGCGAGUGACAGUAAGCCACAAGUUCUAGUCAACGGAGUGCCUGUAGACAAGGCGAACGGUGAAGCGAGAUGAUUAAUGACCAGCGGGAAAGGAAUAUCAAAACUCUUUUCUUUCGAACGGUGAGUUUUAUACUGGGGCGAUAAGGGGGACUUUACAUAUAUUAUUGUAAUCACUGCUGUUGAUGUGCAUAGCGUGUGCAUUCCAGGCGGCGUAUAUCGCGAUUCAGCGUCCUGACGAGGCGCAGUCGCAAUCCGAACUACGUUCUUUCACACUUGUCUUAAAAAUGGUAUUUUGCUGUCUCUGCAGACUUCGUUCAUAUAUCGCUAAGCAAGUUUGAGGAGGAUUGUGAGAAACGUGCUGUCCUGAAUCUGUACCAUUUCUCCGUACACCCUGCUCAUAAUUCAUAC